AUGGGUAAUCAAAAUAACAGGGGAAAAACCUUAACCGACUACGAUAUCAGACUUUUCAGUCAACAAAGUCAAUUGCCACCGCAUAUUAUUCAACAACUCUACGAGGCAUUUAUUGAACGUGCAGGAAAAGAUGGACGAAUGACAGUGAGUGAUUUCAAGAAGUCGUAUUUAGAAAUCAAUCCUAAUGCUAGUCCGUACAAUUUGGACAAUGAAGCGGAACGAAUUUUUAUAAUGUUCGAUCGAGAUCGCAAUGGAGUCUUAACCUUCGAUGAAUUUAUGAUGGCAUAUGUUUUACUACAACGUGGUGUUGAUACUCCGGCAAACCGUUGGCAAUACGUUAUCAGUGCAAUGCCUCCCGGUGUUCUCUCGCGCCCUGGUUAUGUUAAUUCAGCUGAAGCGCUUCAACUUCUUCAACAAUUGAAUCAAUUCUAUCAGAUUCCAAAUUUCGAACCUACAGCGCAACAUAAUAUCGUCUGGACUCAAUUGACUCCUCAAUUAGAUCCAACAGGAUACAUUCCUCAAGCUGAAUUUCUACGUCUUAUCGCAGCUCAACCGAGUAUUCAACCACAUAUUUGGUGA